GAAACAUUUAUGUAGAAGGCUGUGACAUGUUCACUCACAGUUGGAUUUUGGCCUGUCAAAUAAAAUGACAAUUAAAAUUAGGUUGUAUGAGGUUAUUAUAAAAGUACAGAUAAAAAGGUGAAAUCAGAUUUGAAGAAUGAUUACAUUAAGUUCCAGAUCCGAGUCAAAGAUGACAAAGUUGACGGGUCAGUUCCGCAGCUCUCAAUGGGACCCUCUACUGAUAGUUGCACAGAUCAUAGCUCUACAGUGUGUUUACUACGUUGCUCUGGGGCUGUGGCUCGCUGCUGUCAAUUUACUGGUCGGCACAUCAAGAUCACUUGACCAUCUCUUCCGUUACCAAGAAAUCCAUGUAAGAGAUGUCCCUGGUAAACUAAUCAUUGCAUCAUUUGUACUCAACUCUCUAACAGGGGCGUGUGGACUGUGGUGCCUGGUACAGAGGACGAAGCAGUGUCUUGACUUCUCAUGCACAGCCCACCUGAUACAUCUUCUGGCUUGUUGGUCCUACAAUGGUCAGUUUCCUCUUUCCAUCAGCUGGUGGCUGCUGCACAUCGCCUGCCUUGCCAUCAUGUGUAUCUGUGGCGAGUUCCUCUGCAUGCGCUCCGAGCUGAAGGCCAUCCCCCUCAACUUAGGACCCAAGGCGGAUUUAUAACCUCGGAGAUCACCGUACACUUUGUGUACCCAUCAUCAUUCGCGAUGACCUAUCACUUCGCACUAGGUUUCGCAGAGAAACCACAGAGUCGAAGUUGGACGUAAACUGCAAGGCCUAUAAUGUUUUCACACUAAUUUCUUACAGCUUCAAUUAGUGUUGUGUAAGAUUGAUAUUUCAAAAUUACUUUUAAGUUUUCUACAUAAUUUCUGCUCUUGUGACAAAUUUCAUGGUUAUUGUGCUUAUAAAAUAUUAAAAGAAAGCAAUUUACCAAAGAUGGAUCUACUUGGUAACAUGUGCCAUAUAUUGAAAUUGAACUAUUACAUUUAUAAUUAAACAGCUAUUUGUUCUAUACGCUACCAAAGUAGAAGAUUUCAAAAAGUAAAUACAAGAAAAAGUGUAAAAAUGAGCUGAUGAAUAUUUUACUUCUGUUCUGUCCCUUAUUUAGUAUGUUUUUUUUUAUAUAUUCCAUAUCUGUGUAUGAGUAUAAAAUAGUGAAAUUGGUUUACAUUGAAGUCUUGAAAGUAUUAACACUUCUUAUUAUAUUUAUCUAUAUAAGAGGUUCUACCUGAAAGGUAUUUUAAUAUGCAGAUGUAAUGAAAAUAUGAGAAUAUAUUUGCUACUGAAAUCCUACCACAUACCAUGGAAUUUCAUGUAGAAAUUCUAUCAAAUUAAUAAUUAUAGGAACCAUUUCACUUGCCUUCAUCCUGCCCCUUAACCUCGUACAUACAAUUGUAAAAUGGAUCCGGAAAUUAGAAUAUCUUCUAGUUACCAUGAUUUAUCUAUUAAUUUCUGGAAUUGUUUGAUAUUAAAAACUUACAUGAUGAGUAUGAUGUCAUAUUUUUCACGAUUUCAAAAGUAAUUUUUGUUUGGUAAGAUGGAAAAGAAAAAGCCAAACUUAGUGAACAUAUUUUAUUUGUGUAUACUUUCAAAAGCUAAUACUAUAUUUAAUAUAUGAAGAAAGGUGUGUUUAAGUAAAAGGGAAAAAUCUUUUACUUGUCACUGUCACCAUGUAGUGUUUUCUAUCUGAAAACAAAAAGCCAUACCAUAAAAUUAUAUUUAUUUAAAAAAUGACAUUUUGUUAAAGGAUGUAAAUUAUAAAAUAGUUUGGUUGUAGUUAAAAAACAAUCUGACUUGCAGUGAUAUGAUGUCUUGAAAGUGCGCUUCAGGCACUUCACUUUUGCAGACUUCUCCUCGGUGCUCCGCACAGAACUUAGUGUCACACUUGCUGCAGUAGUUGUCAUUCUUUGCUUUUCAGCUGGACGAAUUUUGCAAGUUUUUCUCUUUUUAUUUACCAUGGGAAGAACUGGAAUUGCUGCUUCUUUUCAUCCGAGAUCACCGAGAACCAUACUUCUUAACUCCCUUGAAAGAUUUCUAAUUGUUAAGCAUUGUUCUAGCCAUGGAUUAACUACUGCUGAUACAACUUAUUCAAAAUUUCUCCUUGUCAUGGUUGACUUUUUUUUAGAACUCCCAAUUUAGAACUCAAGUCCCAAUUCAAAAUUACAAGUGAGUUUAUUUUUCCUGACAUUCAAGUCGUAGAAAAUAUAAAGUGGGCUUGUUUUACCUUUUCUUGAGCACGAUCUGACUGAACACAUUUGGUCCAUAGUAUCUACUCCACCUUUGGUUUUAUUAUACAGUAGUGAUCAAUCAUAAUGGAUUUGUCAUUAUUUCGAUUUACUCCCUGGUUUUGGUGCAUUGCGGAAAUCAGGCAAACCACCUAGUUCUUCUUAGCCAAAUGUGAUAAAAGUGUUAAAGUGUCACUGAAAAGGUAUUUUGAGUCACCUAUGUCUCUGUUCUUUGCUGAUUUCAUACUCAAAGUAUCUAUAGUUUGUCUAAAUGGGCUGUUCCCAAAACUGUUAGCUUGUAAGGCUCCUUGAGUAUUUCCUCAGGGAAUGGAAUGGUUGUAAACCAAUUAUCCAUUAUGUUGUUGUUUGACUUGUGAAUAGAAGCUGUUAACUUUUAAGCAUAGAUGUGAGAAAGGGGUCCUUUAACUGGUGUAUUUUUUCCUAAAUAUGGCUAAGCAACUAACAUGUAACUGGAACCAGUGUCACAAAUCAUAAUGAUUUGAAAACCAUAUUUGGUUGGUUUUUUAGGCAUACACAUUUUGAAUCAACAUCUGCCUUUAAAUAAGAGAAGUUGUCAUCAAUUGUAAGAUAUGGGCCAGCCUCAUUGUCAAUGCACAAUUUCAUGAAUGAUUCCCAAAGGUUCCUUUGUAGGUGCUAAGCUGUCUAUCACUACUAUCUCAUCUUGAGUAGUUUUGUCAUUGAAUCUUUGAAAAUCCAAUAAAGAUUUAAAUAGCUUUUCACUGAAGCAAGCUUCAUAAACAAUCAUUUACAGAAGAAUAAAACAUUACUGCCAUAUUUAAGCUGUUUUAAGAGCAGAAAAUAUCAGAACACCCAGAAGUGCCUUUAUCUCUGUGGGAGAGGUUUGACUGUUUGAAAAUUGAAUAGUUAAUUAGCCUUCAUUCGUUUGAGUAAAAGUUAACUUUAUCACAGUUUCAAAAGGAAAAACAACAGAAAUGCAUCCAAAGGUGUUAGAGCAUCUUUACACUUACUCUUAGGCUGUUGUCGGAUGUUAGAAACAUUUCUAGAGUCACUUCUUGUACUAACGGUUGACAACUCUUCAAUCCAGGAAUGAAAAUUUUUUCAUUUUAUUAUUUUUGUUGUUUGUUACACAGUCGAUCUUGCAGAUCCAGGACUAGCAGUAAGAGUAGUUAAAGUAUCACUGCUGUCAGGGCUUGGCUGAGUAUGGCAAGUAUUAUUACUACCAGGAUCAGCAGAUGGAGUUUGCUACAGUUUGUUUCACAACUAGAUAGUGUCCAUUGCUUGUAGAACUUGCUAAUCGGAGGUGUGUAGGCUAACCAUUCCUAGUGUGAUGGUGAAUCUUUGUCAUGUCCCGCAUAAUGAUUACGUUUUCUUUUGAAUUUUUUACACAAUUCAUCAUCUGAAGAUGAAGGUUCAUGGUUGUCACUUCCAUAUUAUGACUAAAAUAUUAUCUUCUGAUUCACUUCCACUAUUUUCCUCAUCUUUGUCUGUACCAAAGCAUUCACUAUGUAAAAGUCUGAUGAUGGCAGUCUCAUUUUAUGAAAAAAACUAAUUGUAAGGGCAAAAAACACAGUAAACCCUAACAAAACUGAGCAAAAUAAUGAACUUGAAAUAUUGCAUUACAUUUUGACACUCUAAACAUACACAAACUAUGCUUUGAUUUAAAAAUCAAAUUAUAGCUGAAACAGCACCACGUGAAAAAGUUACACUUUUGUUAUGAUGUAAUAUUCAGAAAGUGACGUCAAGGGCUCAAUAAUGGGACCUGUGUGCAAGAUGGUUUGAAGCACACUGACCUUGGGAGAGUAAUGUAGCAGUAAUGUGACUUUGUAGUGGCCAGUACAAUCUACAAGACAACUAGUUCUAUACAAUCAUAUUUGUGUUUCUUAUAAAAAUCAUGACAUCACACCAUUCCAGAGUUAAACUAUGCUUUUGGUGUGCCUUUUAAAAAAGGAGAUGCGUGCAACGCUCCCAUUAUACUGAAGAUAGUUGUGUGUGAAAUAUGAGUAAAUAAAUUAAUAAACUUUAAAAUCAAGUCAUGAAUAUAUUCUUUUGUUUUAAAUAUAUAUAUCCAAAAUGAAUCUUUUAUCUAAUACAAAUUCAAACUGUAAAAUUUUGUGUAUCUUAAAAUUAAGAUUUCAUUAUUAUUUUGAUCAUCAACUGAAAGAUCUAAUAACAUUUUCCUGAAAGAGCAGUAGAAUUCCUUUAAAGUAGUAUAUAAGUAAAUAACCAUGAAAUCUUUCUUAAAUUUAGCUCACUGCUUUAAUAACAAGCAACUGCAAAAAGAAUAUAAAAGAAGAUGAAUGUUAGAAUAUAUCAUCCAACAAUAAGAAUGGUAUUUGAUGUUACUUCUACAUCCUUAUUCUUUGUUUGAUUAAAAUCACUUUACAUUGACCACUUGCA